AUGGAUAAUAGCUUGUUCCAUGUCAUCCGUCUGCCUGCCCACCGGCCUCUUCCUGCCAUCACGCGACCCUCAAAACGUUGCCUGGAAUUUAUCCAUCGGACAAAUUUAAGCUUCCUCGUCUCACAACGUCUCACUGAUGCCUACCAAUUGUGUUGUGCUGUUCCGGCCUUUCGACGGUGCGCCCUUGGUCCGAUAAACGUAGCCUUCGUUCCUUCACUGGUUUCUGCAACUAUUAGAAGGAGAAAGGCUGGAGCUGUUGACUGCGGCUGGCCUGUCCUUCAACAAGAAGUGAUCGUUUCCGCAAUUAACAGAAUUCUUGGCAUGAUAGAACAAACAAGUGAUUGUUCUCCUGGUUUCAUGAUUGCUCAUGCCACAAAACCUCUAGCUCGUUAUUCUGUAUAUCCCAUUAACUUCUAUGUCUAUAUGGAGGACAGCCAGGUCAUAACCAUUAUAUGGAUAACUUUGCCAAGCAUGCGCAUACACCAUGGUCUAAAACUCGAGUAA